UUCUCCAAGUGUGUCCUGCACUCGACGCACUCUUUUCCGCACGACCAGCUUUUUAGACCCCCCAUCGAUUCGCACCUUCUCGGCGCAUCCCGGUGGCCCUUCGUCAUUCCAGUAAUCCUCCGAGCUUCUACCCGUCCUAUCUUUCCGAUCAUGCCGCUCACCGCGCGCUAAAAGCUCCGGGACACUACUCUCUUCAACGACGAUCCGGAUAUUUCAACGUACCGAGCGCCGUUUCUUUGUCGACAUUCCGAAAAAAAACCCUUCACGCGCGCCUCGUAGUACACGUCCCCAUUCAACCUACCCACAAAGAUUUGGCAAGGAAUUGGUCGCUCUACCGACCUGUUGGGAGCUCUGCAAGAUGGCGGCUAGCAAUACUAGUAGUGGUAAUCGGUCAAUGGAAUCCCGGACUGGGCGUACCAAGCAACGAUACAAUACGAAAGGCGAACGACUGGUUGCCGGCGUUGUCCCUUUGAGUGCGGACAAGUACUACGUCAUGUUGAUCCAGUCCACACGUCGAAAAGGUUGGGUGUUGCCCAAGGGCGGAUGGGAACUUGACGAGGAAUGUCACGAGGCUGCUGCCCGUGAAGCCUGGGAGGAGGCCGGUAUCGUGGUUCAGAUCAACUAUGACUUGGGUGAUAUUCAGGAUACCCGCCCUCCCAAGAAAAAUCCUCUCAAGGAGAAGGAGCGCUCGCUCUACCGAUUCUUCGAGGCCACCGUCACCAGCGAGGAGCCUGAGUGGCCCGAGAAGGACAAACGUGAGCGCAAGUGGUACACAUACGCUGAAGCCACCGAGUUGUUGAAAGAACGGCCGGAACUUCAAGCAGCUCUAGAUUUGUCGACGAUCAAGAGGUAGCCUUGGUACCGCCAUACUUGGGGGCGAUAGUGUCGCUCUCCGCUGUCUCGGGAGCAGUGUGUGCAUGGAGACAGUUCCGCGAAGGGGUACUGAGGCUUAUUGCUGACGUUCCGACUUGCUGCGUCUUGAUCUUCCUACCAUAUGGGACUCUAAAGAGCAAAGCAACACAAUAUCUCUGGUAGUAGCGAGAGUCCAAAAUCCAUCCCAAUAUGGCGACCAUUUGGAUACAGCUUGGAGUGCGUUUUAAGUCCCCAGUUCUCAGCCAGCGCAAUCUUGUGUCUUGUUCUUCCCCAUGGUCUAUCUCUGCUUACCUCCCCGAGACGGUGCGCGCAGGUUAGCCUGGUUGGAACUGUAGCUGCUUCGGCAGUCGUUCCUGCCUAAGGUCGCAGAAGAUCGAUGCUUUCAUCAGCUUCGCGCGAAUUCUGAGAUACAUCGUUCGAAGCAACGGAUAAUAUGGUUUUGACCGAAACUGGCCUGUUUGGGACGCAACCAAUGUUUCUUUGUCUUGAGAUUCAAAAUCUCUCCCCUUUUCCUUCGUAUUUUAUCUGCAUUCAUGUUUGGGCGUUUACGGGAGGCCUAUAGAGUCGCAUUUGGUUCUCUUAUGU